AUGGCCAGUACUAUGGACCUCUCAAGGGCUCUGUUGCUGUUCCUGCUCUUAGUAUCCAGAGCCUGGGUCCUGGCCUUCAAGACCUCUUCCUCCAGACCUCAGCGAACCAAUUUCUCCUCUGCCUCACAAAGUUCUUCCGGGGGCCUGGAUUGGAAAGUUCCUUCCAGCAAAGGCAGCAGCUUGACACUUCCAGAUGGCUCUCCAGGUCCCAACUCCUUUGCUGAUAUCCCUGGUUCCAAAUGGUUGACGGAGGCCCUGAAUUCCAACGACCUGUCUGGGUCCCUCUGGGUCAAUGUUUCUGGUGCUGAGGACCCACAUUUGGAUCCCACUUUCUCUGAAACCUUUGAGUCUGAAACUGAGUCCCAAGGUCCUGCCAAAGAUCCCGAGCCCUCCUUCCCCGUUAAGACGCCAGCUUCCAAUGUUGCGAUUCAAGUCCCGGAUAUUAAAGUCGGUUCAAAAGUCUUACCUGAUGACGUUAGAGUCUCUGCUCAGAGCCCGCAGUCUGGAAUUUCUGUCCAAGCCCAUCAAGCCUCAAGCUUCCCUCAGCAGGUGGGGGGACCCCUAGCGGUGCUGGUGGGUACUACCAUUAGACUCCCCCUGGUUGCUGUCCCUGACCCCGGCCCGCCUGCCACACUGGUGGUCUGGCGUCGGGGCUCUACCGUGCUAGCAGCCGGGGGCCUGGGGCCAGGGGCCCCACUCAUCAGCCUGGACCCUCCUCAUCGAGACCGCCUACGAUUCCAGCAGGCCGGAGGGGGUCUGGAAGUCGCCUUUGCCCAGCUGGGAGACGCUGGGGUCUACACAGCAGAGGUCAUCCGGGCGGGUGUCUCCCGGCAGAUUCGGGAGUUCACGGUAGACGUGUAUGAGCCCUUGCACAAGCUGGCGGUGCAGCCCCAGGCCCCGGAGACAGAGGAGGGGGCAGCGGAGCUUCAGCUGCGCUGUGUUGGGUGGAGACCAGGGCAAGGGACGCUGAGCUGGAGCCGGGACGGACGCUCUCUGGAGUUGGCGGACACUGAAGGAGGGGAACCGCCCCGGAUUCGCGUGGAGGGUGACCAGUUGGUCAUUGGGCGUCCGGUGCGCAGCGACCAUGCCCGGUACACCUGCAGCGUUCGCAGCCCUUUCGGCCACACUGAGGCAGCGGUGGACGUCAGUGUCUUCUACGGUCCGGACCGGCCAGUCAUCAAGGUGUCCUCCGACCGCGACAUCGCUCCGGCUCUUUUUGUCACCGCGGGCAGCAACGUCACCCUGCGCUGCAGCGCCGCCUCGCGGCCGCCUGCAAACAUAACCUGGAGCCUGGCCGACCCCUCCGAGGUUGCUGUGCCCGCCGGUCCGCGCCUCCUGCUGCCUGCGGUCGGGCCAGGCCACGCAGGUGCCUAUGCCUGCCUGGCCGCGAACCCGCGCACCGGCCACCGCCGCCGCUCACUGUUCAACCUCACCGUGGCAGAUCUGCCCCCCGGGUCCCCACAGUGCUCGGUUGAAGGAGGACCGAGGGACCGAAGCCUCCAGUUCCGCUGUUCGUGGCCUGGCGGGGUCCCUGCCGCUUCUCUGCAGUUCCAGGGUCUACCAGAGGGCAUCCGUGCCGGACCCAUGCCUUCUGAGCUCCUGAUAGCUGUCCCCGCCCGUCCCCAGCUCAGUGGAGUCACCCUCACCUGCCUGGCUCACCACCUGGUGGCCACGCGAACAUGCACCAUCACUGCAGAGUCCCCCCGAGACGUUGUGCUGCAUCCAAAGGUGGAAGAGACGCGCUCCGGGGAGGCAGAAGUGGCAUUGGAGGUCGCUGGCUGCCCCUUACCCGCACGAGCAUCCUGGGCUAAGGAAGGACGGCCCUUGGCUCCUGGCGGCGGAGGCCGCCUGCGGCUCAGUCAAGACGGGCGCAGGCUCCUCAUUGGCAACUUCAGCCUGGAUCGUGACCUGGGAAAUUACUCAGUGUUGUGCAGUGGGGUGCUGGGAGCUGGCGGUGACCAGAUCACUCUUAUUGGACCCUCAAUCUCCUCAUGGAGGCUUCAGAGAGCCCGCGAUGGGGCCGUGCUGACCUGGGACGUGGAGCGUGGGGCGCUGAUCAGUGGCUUCGAGGUCCAGGCGCGGCCAGAGGGGCCUAACCUUGGAAGAGUCACUGUCCACAAGGACUGGGUCUCCCUGCUCAUCCUGGGACCUCGGGAACGCUCCGCUGUGAUGCCCCUCCCCCCUCGGAGCCCUGGGACUUGGGUCUUGCGGAUCCUGCCCACGCUGGGGGGUCAGCCAGGGACCCCCUCACAGAGCCAGGUUUACCAGGCUGGUCCCACCCUAGGCCCAGGGGCCAUCGCCGGCAUUGUCCUGGGCUCCCUAUUGGGCCUGGCACUCCUGGUAGCGCUUCUGGUCCUGUGUAUCUGCUGUCUGUGCCACUUCCGUGGAAAGCGUCCUAAGAAGAAGCAGCCUCCAACUUUUACCCCUGUGGUCAUCCCACCAGAAAAGAAGAUGCAGACUGUGACCUCAGUGGAAACCCCAUGGCCUCUACCCCUCAAAGUCCCCCUGGAGCAUCCUAGUCCAGAUAGGACGUACCAAGCCGCAGACCCCAGCCCUGGUGGUGUGCCGACUGUCCGGGCAGCCACACAAGUGUGA